AUGUAUCAGCUGGGUGACUCCUAUCAACAGGCGGUUCGUCGAUUCCUGAACUUAGAAGGAAAACUAGACCGCAAUCCAGCUUUGAAAACCCAAUAUGCAGCAUUUAUCAAGGAAUAUCUUGACUUGGGUCACAUGUCACUUGUUACCUUAGCUGCACUGGGCCAAUGCAAGUACUACCUGCCACAUCACUGCGUGCUGAAGGAGGAUAGCACUACAACCAAGCUAAGGGUCGUGUUUGAUGGCUCGGCAGUUACUACCUCUGGACACUCGCUGAAUGAUGCACUGAUGGCAGUCCUGACAGGCGAUAUAUGCAAAAUGUAUCGAUGCGUACGAGUCGAACCCGCAGACAGUUAUUUUCAAUGUAUCUUGUGGCGUCAGUCUCAGCAUCAGAAGAUACAGAUUUACAAAUUAGACACCGUCACCUACGGCACAAAACCAGCAUCGUUUCUCUCAGUGCGAGCUAUGCACCAACUGGCCAUGGAUGAGCAGAAAACUUUCCCUAUUGGCUCUGACAUUGUUAAAAGAGAUUUCUACGCGGAUGAUCUCAUUUCUGGUGCCAAGGGGAACUUUAGGCUGCGAAAAUGGUGUUCUAGCGACACAGCUGUACUCCAAAACAUACCGGCAGAGGAUAGAGAAACGCUGCUUAAGUUUGACGAUGGCAGUGACAUCACGAAAACGUUAGGCCUCGUUUGGGAUCCCGCUUCAGACUGUUUCCUUUUCUCCUUCUCGCCACUGAGGUUGCCCUCCAGACUGACAAAACGAGAAAAACUGGACUGGGAUGAGAGCCUGCCCGUACACUUAAGCACAGCCUGGGUCAACUUCUGCGCUGAUUUUGAGUAUACUCAGCAAUUCCAGUAUCCCCGUCGAGCACUCUCAUCAGACAGUACAGUGGAGAUUCACGGAUUUUGUGAUGCCAGCCUAAGCGCUUAUGGAGUAUGCGUCUAUACAGUCUCAAAGUGCCAUGGCAACACCAGCGUGCGUCUCUUAUGCUCCAAAUCGCGUGUCGCGCCUGUGAAAACCAUCACUGUACCAAAGCUGGAACUCUGCGGAGCUGCAUUAUUGGCUCAACUUCUCAGCGAAAUAUGCCAAAUGAAAGUGUUCGACUGUCGGUAUUACUGUUGGUCAGACUCUGCCGUGACUUUGGCUUGGAUUCGCAAUGAUGCUUCGAAAUUCAAUGUUUUCGUUGCCAACCGAGUCGCAGCCAUCCAAGAGCUCACCACUGGAAUGGAAUGGCAUUAUAUUCCCACUGAAUUAAACCCGGCGGAUAUAAUUUCACGGGGAGCGCUGCCUAGUGAGCUCUUCCGGUCUCCAUUAUGGGCCAAUGGUCCGAGUUUUCUCAGUAAGGGAAAGGAAGAGUGGCCUGCCUCCUGUGUACCUGUCGAAUCCUUACCAGAACUUCGACACAAGGUACUUCUCGGAACUGCAGCGCAACCUGAUCUCUCGAUCGGCUGCAAGUUCAUCAAUUCGUUUUCCAAGCUGCAGCGGGUCUUUGCUUAUGUUUACAAAUUUGUAAAUCGAAUCCGAGGAGCUGAACUAACUGUUGACCACUUGCAUCAUGGCACACAUUGGUUGCUGCGGUCUGUGCAAAUGGCUACUCUUAGCGAUGACUACAAGGCAUUGAAGGAAAGAAGGCAUGUCAAACCGUCUAGCUCAAUGGCCUCUCUUGCACCAUUCCUUGACGACUUCGGCCUACUCCGCAUCGGUGGACGGCUGAAAAACUCGUCGUUGGACUUCUCAGCGCGACAUCCGAUUAUAUUGCCCCGUCAGCAUCCUGUGACGCGAGCAAUCAUAGUUCACUUUCAUAAACGAAACUUACACGCUGGACCUCGCGCUUUUUUGUCUUCGAUUCGGCUCCAGUACUGGCCCAUUGGCGGUCGAAAAACAGUCUCCAGUAUUGUUGCCAAAUGCAUAUUCUGUUUUCGUGCCAAGCCACGAUUGGCAGAGCAUAUAAUGGCAGACCUACCAGCUGAUCGUCUUGAUACAUCGUAUCCCUUUAUGGUCACUGGCGUUGAUUACUGUGGACCAUUUUACUACAAGAACGAAGUGCGCAACAGGCCACCAGUGAAAUGCUAUAUCAGUCUGUUCAUAUGCUUCGCUACAAAGGCAGUGCACUUAGAGCUUGUAAAGGAUUUGUCCACAAUAUCGUUUCUAAACGCCCUAAAACGUGCCAAGAACGAACUAGCAGAUCUGAGCCGCCUGUUCCUGAGUGACGAGCAUGUCAAGGUCGUUAACGAGUUUUGCAUAUCCGACUCAAUUGAAUGGCUGUUCAUCCCUCCUCGCUCUUCGCACUUUGGCGGACUAUGGGAAGCCGCUGUGAAGACUGCUAAGCACCAUUUUUAUCGAUCUGUUGGCUCUUCCAUUUUGGAUUUCAAUUCGCUGCUUGCUCAGCAUCCAGGUGAUCUUGACGUCUUGACACCCGCACACUUCCUGGGUACAGCGCCAAAUUCAUCAUACAUUGAGCCCGAUCUAAGGCAGCUUAACUUCAAUCGGCUUAAUUAUUUUCAGCGCGUCACAUAUCUCCAACAAAAAUUCUGGGCCCGUUGGCGCGAAGAAUAUUUGACGCUUCUUCAACAGCGCUCCAAAUGGCGCACUCCUCAGCCUGGACUCUCCAUUAACGAUGUUGUCCUUGUAAAGGAUGAGAAUCUACCGCCGCUGAAGUGGCCACUAGCUAGAGUGCAAGAGCUGAUCUCUGGAUCUAAUGGGGUAUCCAGAGUUGCUAUGCUUCAAACUGCGACUGGGGUCAUACGUAGAGCUGUACGAAAGCUGUGUUUGCUGCCCAAACAGGAUGAUGUUGAAAGCCUUUGCCUUCCAACGGGGGGAGAAUGUUUGGUCAAGUAA